GGUCUGAUCGCGCGCGUUCAAAAGCUUAAGAGAGGGAGAGAGAGAGAGAGAGAGAGAAUGACAGAGAAUAAGAUCGAGUCAAAUAAAGCUAAGUAAACGAAAAGAAGAAUUUUUCGGGACCCGUUACCUGAGGGAUUUUUUGGUGACUUUUUCAAUCACUUUUUAAAAAAUCAUCCCCCCCGGAAACUAUCAACAGUGUCGCCAAAUCCACGCGGCAUGACAACGACCUGCAGCGUUCGAAAGCUCGCCUGGCUUCGGAGAUAAUGCGCCGAUUACACAAAGGGUGUAGAAAUUUUCAGGAAUCACAAUCGGACAUAAACGUUAGUGUUAGUAGGAUUGAUCUUUGUCUUCGAUACUUGCGUUCGGGUAUCUGUUGAUCGGCAACUGAUCGAACUUUUCUGCCGCACAAUAUAAUAUUGCGUUGGUCAUUGUGUCGAGUGCAAAAGCUUUUAUGCAGGUUAUUUUUUGCAGUGGUUGAAAAUCGAGGUGUGAGGUUUGAGAAAAAAUAUCCGGCAAUCAGCAUCGAGUGCGGAUUCGACGCAUUAACUCGUUUUGUUCGGCUCGUGUGUGCAACCGGAUAUAUCGCGCCUGAAUUUUACACGCAGACAGAGUAAAGUUGGAUCCGGUAAAUUGGCGCGCCCAUUGACGCUGAGCGCUGCCGCUCGUUCGAUUAUUUAGGACCCCUUAAUAAGGGAUGCAUCGUCUUGAUUGAAAAGGGAUCACCGUGUUACAAGUCGUAAUGAUGCGGCUGCGCUGUGUCAACUGACUUGAUGAAUAAAAAAUUAGCCUACAAUCUAAUUACCCUGCUUUUGCCCAAACUCUGGCGUCAGGAAUGGAGGCUCAAACCGAGUAAUCUAUUACUUCCUGUGAUUCUUUGACGUAUUCCAACGCUGAUUUCAAUAUGAUACCGAGCAAUACGACGGCCGGAAGCACGGUCCAGGAGGAAGAACUCAAACGCAUCCUGUCGGAGCGAAGACAGGAAUGCAUGGAGAGGCUGAAAUCCAACGCAACAGCACCGCCUGAGCCUUAUUGCCCGGGGGUUUUCGACGGCUGGUCUUGUUGGCCAAAUACACCGGCUGGUACGAUAGCGUUUCAGCCAUGUCCUGAUUUCGUCACAGGAUUCGAUGCGGGACGUUUCGCGCACAAGGAUUGCGAGGCGAAUGGUACCUGGUUCAAGCAUCCGGAAUCCCAGCAAAUAUGGAGCAAUUAUACAACCUGCGUGAACAUGGAAGAUCUCAGUUGGCAGCAGCGCCUGAACACCAUCUACGAAACCGGAUACACGAUAUCACUGGUCGCUCUUCUCUUGUCCCUGGCAAUCCUUACUUACUUCCGGUCGUUGAGAUGCGCAAGAAUUACGUUGCACAUGAAUCUCUUCGCAUCGUUCGCCGUUAACAACGCGCUAUGGUUGAUUUGGUACGGCACCGUUGCCGCCAAUACACCGACUCUCUUCGAAAAUGGGAUCGGCUGCAGACUCCUGCACAUGAUACUUCAUUAUUUCCUAUUGACGAAUUACGCAUGGAUGCUGUGCGAGGGAUUCUACUUGCACACCCUACUCGUAAGCGCGUUCACAAGCGAGCAUAAACUGGUCAAGUGGCUGAUGGGAUUGGGAUGGCCCUUACCAGCCAUCAUCGUUAUUACCUACGCCAUCCUAAGAGGCACCAGUAAUGACCUUGCGGACAGCUCACAGUGCUGGAUCAACGAGGGAAAUUACGCGAAUGUUCUCAUCUAUCCGGUCUGCGUUUCGACGUUGUUGAAUCUUCUAUUCCUUUGUAACAUCGUUCGCGUUCUUUUGACGAAACUCCGUGCCGGUCCUGCGAUCGGAACAAGACCAUCGAGAUCAAUGCUGCAGGCUUUCAGGGCGACGCUACUUCUGGUUCCACUGCUAGGGCUUCAUUACUUGGUCAUUCCGUUCCGCCCGCCGAAAGGCCAUCCAUGGGAACAAGCCUACGAGAUCAUCUCUGCCAUUACCGCAUCUUUUCAAGGUCUCUGUGUCGCAAUCCUGUUCUGUUUCUGCAACGGCGAGGUGAUAACUCAGUUCAAACGGAAGUGGGAGGGAACAGCGUUCGUCAGAAAGAGGGCAAACUCAUGUACAGCAACAACCGUCUCGGUCCGAUGGCGGGAGAGGAGAAGGUGUGACUAUCAGUCGGCGGCGGGGGUGGAUCCGCAGGAGUCCGCGGGAUCCAGCACGGCCGCCGCGCGUCGAGGAAGUAGCAACCACCUCCAGGUUCUCAUAAAACGCAACGACUCGGCGAACGACUUCAACCAAUACCAGAGCCAGUGCUGAUUACUACCCAACGGACGGCUGACUAAGAUCGAGAGGGAUUUAUAAUUGCCUGUGGCGCUGGAUCACCCUAGCUUAAUUCUCAACCCCCUCCCUCCCAAUCAUGAUCGCUGAAUUAUUUUGAAACCCCAACGUUGAGACGUGCUUUUAUUGUCGCCCAAAUCACUUUGUCCCCAGUCCAAUAUUAUCGUUACAGUUACAGUUGACAAAAAUUCACUUCGUUAAAACUGUGGGGUUUCGAACUCAAAUACAGCUCUCUAAAUUUAAAUCAGUGAACUUCCGAUAAUUCCCGGUUAUAAGUGUACCGCUGGAAAAAAUCAGUACACGUACACUGACGAUUCGGUCACUUUUCAUCGAUAUUUCAAUGAUUUUCAGUCUACACUCACCGAUUUUUACCCGUGGUAUACUUGUAACUGAUUCGUGUUUAGAGAGCGUGCGGCAGGAUUUCGAAAGCUCAAAUUCACGUACAUGCGACAAAUCGAUUACGUGUCUACGUAUGUAUGUCUAAUAUUACAUAGCCAGGUCGGAAUCACAGAAUUUGUAUUUUGAGUUUCUCAGGUCAGAUAUUGCGGCAUUGGGUUGUACAUUUCUUAUAUACCUACGUUCUGUUACACGUUAUACGUAAUCGUUUGAAAAUAACGAACUAGCAUUUUAUAACAAUCAAGUUGCAUUUAUAUUGUCGAAUUAUAAUCAUGUGUUAUCGUUAUGUAUUUUUCUAUACCGAAAAUAAGUCACGCAAUUCCCGAAAAAAUCAGCUCAAAUUCCUAUUUUCCAAUCAAAAUUUCAUCAUAUUUAAACGGUAAUACUGCAGUCCAGAAACUGAGAGACGAUAUAGUUUUCGAUUCAUCUAAAAACGAAGUAUAACCUGAGUGAAUGAAUUCAAUUCGAUUCUGGUGUAAGGUACUUACUACAUGAUAUGUUGCUAAUCAUACUUUUGAUUCUAAUUAAGGUGGAUUAUACGGAUCAUCAAAGGGUAUAGUGACAUUAUAGGGAAGACCGAGGCGAAAUGGGGCACUUAGGGAAAUAACAUGGUUAUAUACUGAUUCUAUCGACAUCUUUCUAUUCCUGCAGCUUACUCACAGCAAAGGGAAUUAUUCCACUUUCUAAGCUGCCAACAAAGAAUAUUCCUUUUAUUUUGGAACAAGUGAGAAUUUUUUAAAAGAAAUGUUAACAAAAUUUGACGUUCCAUUUUUUACCUGAUCUCCCCUACAAUUUCGUGCUCAAUUACGAUUUCUUGUCUACGGUAUAGUGAAAGAGAAUAAGUAAAUAAAUAAAUAAAUAAAUAUAUAAACAAAUGAAAAUAGGCUUUGAAUACGAACUGUACAAAGUAAAUAUAAUUAUUUUUUUUCACCGGUAUCAACAGAUUCAUCGACUGUAAAAUCCUGCACUAAAGGAUCGAAGCACCGUAUUUUGGCUACACGUUCCUGAAAAUUUAAUAUUUUUAAAUGGCGGAACGAUACCUCAAGUUUUUCUCGUCAUGUUUGGCAAGUUGACUGUUUAGUUCGCAGACUUUGAACUUUCAUUCACAUUCGUUAUCAUGAAGUUCUUGAAAAAUUUGCCCAUAAAUAGAGCAGUAGCCAGAAAACAGUGUAUCUAUCUACCUUACACGCUGUAUCAAAUUCAGCUUUAGAACAAUUCGCUAUGUCAAAGAUUCCGUACUCGUCAUAUCACUAAAAAUAUAGAGAUUAUAACAAAAAAAAGGAAUUUUUAUACAGAAUGAAGUAAAUUUAUUAUAUAUAAAAUUAUAUAUCUUUCAUAUAAUUAUAUACGUAAAAACAAAAAAAAAAAAAGAAAAAAGAAAUGAGAAAAACCUAACAAUAAUGUUAAAAGAACAAAUCAACGAAACUACGCAUGUUAUACAUAUAUAGGAAUAUAUCUGGUGUACUAAUGAGGUGUAUUGUUAUAAAAAUAAAAUUAUAACUACCCAUAAUUACUAAUAAUGAUAUCAUAAUUAUCAAUCGAACACAUCACGAUCGCUGCAGAAAAUAAUGAACGAAAAUGAAAACAAAGAUGGCAGUCUACUUAAGAGAGGGAAAUCUGCUUUGGCCUGGGUAACCAUUAGACCAAAUUUACCUUAUUGGUUCGUUAUCGUGGUGUGAUAAUUACAACGUGGACAUAAAAUAAAAUACACAAACAAGAAAAAUAACUGUAAAAUAAACAAAUCAAUGUUUUUAGCCUGUAUAUCUUUCUGUACAGCACAAAGUAAUACGUGUAAAUAACUUUGUAUACUUAAAAUGGGGGGAAAAAAAAAAAAGAAUAAAAUAUAAAAUAAAUACAACUGUCUGUAAACUAAACAUGUGCACAUAUUAUUCCGACAUAU